AUCGAUCUGACGACGGUCUGUCAGACUUUUGUGAUUCACUAAGCACCUUUACCCAUUACAGUCGAUUCAAAUUGGUUAAUACGUUGAGAUACGGCGAUAUAUUCAAUAUCGUGUCUAGUAUUGAGUUCGAUAGAGAUGACGAAUACUUUGCUACUGCCGGAGUAACAAAGAAGAUCAAAAUAUUCGAUUAUGGUAACAUUGAAAGGUUGAUAGUUAAUACCACCUUGGUUAUUCUUCCAUACGAGAUGGUCAGGUUGGAGGACGAAAGCCGGCAGAUAUGA